UCUAUCAUGAACCUCCGAUACAACUCCGACCAUAGACAAUUGCCCCUAGUACUUAAGUUAAUAUCCCACCUACCUUAGUCUCGACACCGAAGGUUAUUGCUCCCCAUCUGUAAAACUUUACCUUUUUGUUCUUCAGUUUGUGUUGCAUAUAUAAUUCCGCCAAUUCAACUUUCUACUGUCAAUUGACUUCACAAACGCAUCAAUGAUGAGACCGUUGCUUGUCCGCUCCGCUUUACGGAGCGCUCGCAUGUCGAGCUUGAGACCGCUAUGCCAUGCGCAACGGUUCAGCAUCAAGGCUGAGGCUGCCUCGACCAUCAAGCCUCUGGGCCUGGAUGCUUCAAAACUCAGCAUUGAGAAGACGGGGAAGCCCAAGGGCCUCAGCAAGCCCGAGGAUCUCGUCUUUGGACGGGAAUUCACAGACCACAUGCUUGCGAUCGAAUGGAAUCAAGACGAAGGAUGGUUGGAGCCCAAGAUCACACCCUACCAGAACCUCUCACUCGACCCUGCAACAUGUGUCUUCCACUAUGCUUUUGAGUGUUUUGAGGGUAUGAAGGCGUACAAGGACAAGGACGGCAAAGUGCGACUCUUCCGACCUGACAAGAACAUGGCGCGACUCAACAAGUCUGCUGCCCGUAUUGCGCUCCCCACCUUUGAGCCCCAGGCCCUCACCGAGCUCAUCUCCAAGCUCGCUCAGCUCGACUCCCGCUUCAUCCCUGAUAAGCGGGGAUACUCCCUCUACCUCCGUCCCACCAUGAUCGGAACCCAAAAGACACUCGGUGUCGGACCUCCCGGAUCUGCUCUUCUCUACGUCAUCGCCUCACCCGUUGGCCCUUACUAUCCUACCGGUUUUAAGGCCGUCUCGCUCGAGGCCACUGACUAUGCUGUUCGUGCCUGGCCUGGCGGUGUUGGUGACAAGAAGCUGGGCGCCAACUAUGCGCCCUGCAUUGUUCCCCAGCUCCAGGCCGCCAGCCGUGGCUUCCAGCAGAACCUCUGGCUGUUUGGAGAGGAGGAGUACGUUACUGAGGUCGGCACUAUGAACAUGUUCGUUGCUCUCAAGAACAAGGAGACCGGCCAGAAGGAGCUUGUGACUGCACCCCUUGACGGAACUAUCCUUGAAGGUGUUACUCGUGACUCUGUGCUCGCGCUCGCUCGGGAGCGUCUUGAACCUGAGGGCUGGAAGAUCAGUGAGCGCAAGUACACAAUGAGGGAGCUUGCUGAGGCUGCUGAAGAGGGCCGUCUUCUCGAGGCCUUUGGUGCUGGAACUGCAGCUAUCGUCAGCCCUGUCCGAUCCAUCUCAUGGAAGGGCAAGCUCGUUGACUGCGGUCUUUCUGAGCUCGAAGAGUCUGGCGAGAUCGCCCUCAAGAUGAAGGAAUGGAUCGAGGCCAUUCAAUAUGGUGAUGAGGAGCAUGAAUGGAGCUACACUAUUUAGAGUGGUUGUGUAUAUGGCGUUAUAUAGCGGCUGGGAAUAGAUAGAUCGGAAUCAAAAUAAUUACGCUCACGCUCAGGUUUACGAGAACAUCAUCUGCUUUGCCACAAUUGCUUGUUAGGGCUCACAAUCAGCGAAACUAGCAAAGGUCAGAGGUUGUGUCACAGCCCCAACUAGACAGACAGUAAUACCUCAAGACCAAAACCUCUAGCAGUACCAUUCUUCAAAUGCAAAAUAACAUGUACAAUUGACCGGAUUUCCCCCUGUCAGUAUGUCGUAACCUCCGCUUAGUUCUUCUUGUCCUGCUUGGAUGGGUCGGGCAGGAUUCCCUCUUCCUCUAACCUCCUUCGUGCUUCCUCAAGGGCCCAGGUAGAGACACUAUAUAGCCGUUAGUAGACGUCCCGCAUCAGGUCUCGGCCAGAAUUUCGCCAUUGGCAAGACUGAAUCCGCCCAAUAUGAUAUGUAUCCUCCGAGUGCAAAUCACUCACGUAGUAUCGGGCUUGAAGGCGAGCGCAACGGCGGUGGCGGCAAGGCUGCCGAGAAGAAUAUAGGUAGGCCACUCCCAGCCCUCGGGCUCAGGCUUCUCACCAGGCUUGACACCCCAGAGCCAGCCGGUAGGAGGAUCGAAUUGGUGCUCGCCGCCGCCUCCUUGUCGUCGGGCGGACACGGAGAAACCUCUGGAGGAGAGGGGUUGUCGAAUGCAGCGUGCAGCGCGCAGGGGCGCGACAGCAGCGCGGAUAAAGGUCAUGUUUUACCGUAUCGUCGAGAUCUCGAGGUGGAUUCGAUUCGGCGAUGAGAUGGCGUGGGGGGAUAUCAAUGGCUGAGUGACGUUGUUGGGCGUGAUGCUGGUUGUU